GGCAGGCGCUUUGGCUGGAUAUGGGGCACGAACCGCAAGCAGACUCAUGAGAGCCAGUGCAUUGAGAAGAAGUACACUCGACUUUGUCCCGCCGGGACUGCAAUGUAUGUGAAGGAGAUUGAUCCCGGCCAGUGCAUCUCCGGUCACGGUGACCUUGCGUUGGAGAAGGUGGACGUGUUCUCCUACGAAUGUCCCAAGGAGCUCUUGAGUGGCGACAAGACCGCCGCGAAGUAUAGUGGCCGGUAUCGGAACCAAAGAGGUGACGCUUUUUCUGAGUGCAAAUGCUCGCCUGCUUGCCAGUGAUGAUCAUCGCAAUGGAAAAGGUUAAGUGAAGUAGCAGACCAUGCCAGCAUGGGCAGAGGAAACGGAUGAAGAAACGGAGUGUGGAGUUUCUGUACUGGUAGUUGUUUGCAGAUUCUGGAGAAAAGGG